AUGCCAAUGUCUUUCAAAGCCGAAAGUUUUCCCUAUGAAGGCUACACCUUCGUCAAAGCAAGCCCGACGACCUCUGGUCAAAUUCCAACCUGGAAUUGCGUCAAACGAGUGCCGAUGCGUCAAAGUCAACAUGACUACUUCGAGAUGAUAAAGAAGCGGGCGACCAAAAAAACCGCAUUGCAACAAUAUCAGAACAUAUCCUCGAACGCCAGACGCACCCAUAUAAAUCAGUUGAUAGACGAACAAAGGCAAAUGGACCCUACAAAGGAGUGGAGCUGUGUCUACAUCAAAGAACAUACAAAGCCAUUCAAUGCCCAAAACGCUCGUUGGGGGGGAUAUGAGACUGUUUCCAUGGAUGUGAUCAUCAUGCAAAGAUCUGCAAGGACAACUCAUCCAAGGCCCCCAGCUGGGAGCCAAGUGGACCUUGGAGCUGGAUUUCGUCCAUCAUUUUGGGCUCAGCGCAGAGAUCAUCCUUCGAUGCCGGGGCAGAAUGCGAACCUGCCACGGGCUAUGAUCGAGGGACCGCAGUCUCCGGUAGCUGUGCUAGGUGAUCGCCGUGAAUCCCCAGGAGAAGGUCAUGGGGCAUAUCCAACUAAAGAUCAAGCACAGCAUCGUGAGCCAAAGCAAUCGACAGCAAUUACGCCUAACCUGGCAUCCAGUGCAAUGGACAACAGCGACACAGACUCUGAUUAUACUUCACACUCAUCGGGGGGUAGCAGCGAUUCAGAGGAUGAUGUUAUGGUAUUCGACUCACCCGAUAAGAGUUCAGAAGCAGGCGAUCAAGUUAGUUUGGAUCGCAAGCAACAAGCAGUCCCCCCAAAGAGGGCUCCUACUCGUCAUGAGAACAGCCCGGUUCAUCGAGGAAUGACUCAUGGGCCUCGUUCUCGAUCUCGUGCAAAGUCCCACAGUCGUAGCCUUGAGAGGAGACUCAAUCGAAGAGGCCCUGCCCGCGAACAGUACGAAGCAUCUACUGCCAAGGGUCCUGGGCCUCUGGCUUCCGAGAGGGCUCGAUCCAGAGGCUCUGUAUCUGGAAUCAGAUAUCGGAAGCAACUAAUGAGCGACAAUGAGAUUCGAAGUCGAAUGCUUGAUCAUCGUGAAGCAAGUAUUGGGCAUAGGGAGAGACAGUUCAAGAGGACCUUAUAUGGAGCUCACCAGCUUGAGUUACAGCCAAUGAGUGACAGUGUUGCCGUCUGCCAUUGUACCUGUCGUUGUGCCAUGAGUGGAGAAGAUGUGGAUUGA